AUGAGCGCUGUUUGUUGCUGCCGCUUUCCCGUGUCCAUUAAAUUACAUUUAGUACCCGGCUGCGCCUUCAUCUUGGCCACCCUUUCCCAAUCGCACCUACCCACCCACUUACCUGCCUUGCCUGCCUUACACACGUCGCUUGAAAAAGCACCUACCAAAUCAAACCCAACAAGACGGGAUACACGCUCACGGACUCACGGGCUCGCACACGCUGUUUAUCUCGACCUUGCACACACUACAUAGUACAGCAAGAGGGGCCUGUUACGAGGAAGAGCCCUCAUCCUGGACCUUUUUUUUUUUCCUUGGUUUUUUUUUAGCCCCCCCCCCUUCCCUUUUCCUGUCUCCUUCAUCUUCCCAACGAAAAGAUCGGCAGAAGUCGUUGCUCGGAACCUUGGACGCCGUCUCCUUUCUGCCUUCACGUUCACUUUCACACACAAUUUCUCUUCCUUACACCUUCCCUCAUUCGCCUCACUUGAGCAAAUUGCUGGUCCAUCAUGUCUGCUCAGGCUGCCGAUACGGCCGUCCCGGCACCUGCUCCUGCUGCCGCACCUGCACCAGCACCAGCUGUCGUUGCUGAGUCUGAGGCUGCCGCCGCUACGCCUGCUGCGGACCCGACUUCGGCACCCGCUGCUCCCGCCGCCGCUGAUGCUGCCGCCCCUGAGGUCGCCGCCGCCGCCCAGCAGCCGCAGGCCGAGCAGACUGAUCUCGCCGACCAAAAGACGGAGGCCAAUCCCGGGGUUAAACCUGCUACCGAGAAACCCGUCGAAAAGACGCAGACUCCUCUCACUUCUCUUUUCGAGAAGCUGCCUGGCAUCCUGGGCGAGGCUAAGCAUAACGAGAUGUGGGGUGUCCAGCUCUCCGAUAGCACUCAUGUCCCUACCACCGUCGUUCUGCAGAAGUUUCUUCGCGCCAACGACAACGAUGUCUCCAAGGCUGCGGAUCAACUCCAGAAGGCUCUGGUCUGGCGCCGCGACACUAACCCCGGCAAGUUGCUCGAUGACGUCUCCUUCGAUAAGAAGAAGUUUGACGAGCUCGGCUAUGUUACCACCCACAAAGAUGCUCAAGGCAAGGAGAUGAUCAUCACCUGGAACAUCUACGGAGCUGUCAAGGACAAGAAGGCCACCUUUGGCAACGUCGACGAGUUCAUCAAGUGGCGCGCAGCCCUCAUGGAGCUCAGUGUUCGCAAACUGGGCCUGGACAGGGUCCAAACCCCCAUUCCUGAUGGCGGUGAGGACCCUUAUCAAAUGAUUCAGGUCCACGACUACCUCAACGUUAGCUUCCUGCGCAUGGACCCUGCUGUCAAGGCCGCUUCCUCGGAGACGAUCAGAAUCUUCGCCAUGGCCUACCCGGAGCUCCUCGUCCACAAAUACUUUGUCAACAUCCCCGCUCUAAUGGGCUGGGUCUUCAAGGCCAUGAAGGUCUUCCUUGCCCCCAAGACUGUCGCCAAAUUCCACCCUCUCGGUUAUGGCAAUGAGCUUGCCGCAGAGCUCCCUGCCUACAAGGACUCACUCCCCAAGGACUACGGCGGAAACGGCGAGAGCGUCAAGAUUACCGGCCAAACCGUUAAGAUAGCGGAUGCUGCACCCGCGGCCCCUGUCGAGCAGCCUGCCACUGAUGCCACCCCCGCCAAUGCGUCCGCUCCGGCCACUGAGGCUGCUGACCCCGCAGUUGCUGAGACCAAGGUUGCCGAGCCUGUCGUCGCUCCUCAGCCAGAGAAGACGGCGGAGGUUGCCCCUACCGCGGCCGCUUUGCCCGAGAAGACAGAGGUGCCAAGUGUCGCCGAUCUGAGCAUCAACGACAAGGUCGAGGCCAAAGAGGAGCCCAAAACCGCUACUGCCUAAGCGGCAGCCUCGGCUUGCCGUGGCUUUAUCACUUUAGACAGCCUUGAGUUCGUCACCGCCGCCCUCUGGGUGGGUUUGUUUUGGGGCAGGAUAUGGAGGAUUUGGCUUCAAUUUUCGUUCCCCCCCUUUGUUUUUCAUGCCAUAAUACCCGUCUUGUGUGUGUGUGUGUGUGUGUGUGUGUGGCGUUGUAAUCCGAAAGUCUCUUUUUUCGAUUUGGAACAGACAGAGAAGAGACGAGAGAAUGGGUGAAAAGGACUAUACAGAGAAAUGAAAAUGGUGGUAGGAAGCAAUCAUACUCAAAACCUAUUACAUUCGCUAAUGUUGUGGUCGCCGUUGUUCAUCUGAUGUUUCUUACAAGCUGCCAAUAAUGCUUAGUUACAUUUUCCA